AUGCUUUCUUUUUAUCUCCUAGAUUUAAUUUCUACGUUAACUUGGGAAAAUACAACCCGUUGUCCUUGUGUAAGUUAAGAAAAAAGUCCUAAUAUUAUAUUAUUAUUAUAUAUAUACUCCCAGAUGACAACCGGUGGCUGGAAUUUCUAGUAUCCUAAGGUUUUGCAUCAUUUUUAAGAGGCAUGUCCACGUGUGCUCUGGAGAAUACAACCCCUUGUCUCCUUAGACUUUAGCAAAAGGGUCCCAAGAUUAUCAUAUGAUUAUAGACAAAGUCCCAAACAACAGCCAUAGCUCCAAUUUCUAAUAUUCCAAGGUUUUUCCUGAUUUAGAAAGGACAUUUCCACGUUUGCUUGAGAGGACACACAAUCCAUUUUCUUGGUGUACUUUUUUAAAAAGAUCAUAAUAUUAACUUCAUAUUACAUUUAUAUACUCUCAUAGGACAUUUUCCUCAAUUUUUAAGGGAUGUUUCUAUUAACAUAUCAUGUUUGUAUGAUAAUCAAAGGUAGAUGAUAAAAAAACCAUAUUAAAUUAAGUCAAAUUUAAUAAAAUUAAACCAAGAACAUUAAAACAGAUUUUAGAAUGCAUUUCAUGAAUUUUUACCUUAUUCUACAUACUAUUCUUAAGAGAUGUUUACCUGACCCUCUAACCUACAUCCUAAUAUAAAUAUUUAUGGCAUAGCCUUGAGAAACAUUUUUUCUUUUAUUUUAUUUUAUUUUUCAUUGUCAGACAGAAAAAUAUUCUAAAAGUUAGAAUUGUUACUAGAUUUUUGGAGGAUGUCAAGAUAACAUGGUAAUGAGCCAAUGAUAAUUGGCCCAGGAUGAAGGCCCACUAUCAAACUAAAGUGGGGGGAGAGAGAGGGACGCUGA